CUAGAUCAUUUUGCUUGAAUGGAAAGGACAAUAUGGCAGAUAUAGAAGACGAUGAUGCGCCCCCCGCGCUGGUCGAUGUUUCGGAGAAUCCGAUCUCGUCCACGCCAACUACGACAACAGACACUCCGGCGCAGAGUCGAGUGCCGAUCACGCUGGUAACUGGGUAUCUGGGUGCUGGAAAGACAACGCUGUUGAACUAUAUUCUCACAGAGAAACAUGGAAAGAAGAUAGCCGUGAUCAUGAAUGAAUUCGGAGACUCCUCCGACAUCGAAAAACCUCUCACCGUCAACGAAGACGGAAAAGAAGUCACCGAAUGGAUGGACGUCGGGAACGGCUGCAUCUGCUGCUCCGUCAAAGAUUCCGGCGUUAUGGCUAUCGAAUCCCUAAUGGAACGCCGCGGCACCUUCGACUACAUUCUCCUCGAGACCACAGGCCUAGCGGACCCGGGCAACAUCGCUCCCGUAUUCUGGGUCGACGAUAAUCUAGGCAGCUCUAUCUAUCUCGAUGGAAUCGUCACACUCGUCGACGCCAAGAAUAUCCUCCGUCUUCUUGACCAGCCGGCGCCUGAAGAGACCGCUUCUUCGGGACAUGGUGGUGCGCCUGAUGGCAACGACAAUGGACAUGGGCAUGAGCACACCGGUCCCGUGCUAUCCAUGGCCCAUAUGCAAAUCUCGCACGCGGAUGUGAUCAUUCUCAACAAGGCGGAUCUGGUAACAGCCGAGGAACUGGAUGCCGUCCGUGACCGCAUCUUAGCGAUUAACAGCGUCGCCAAGAUUCAUGUUACGGAUCACAGCAAGACGCCGCAGAUCGAGGGCGUUGUGUUGGAUUUGCAUGCGUAUGAUCAUCUUGCUAGCUUGGACUUUGGCGAGAAGGGGCAUAGUCAUAUCGAUCCGGCCAUCUCAACUGUCUCGAUUAUAACACCCCCAAUCCCCACCCACAAAGUCCCCCAUGUAGACGCCUGGCUGCAGUCCGUCCUUUGGGACUCUAAGCUUCCCCUCCCUGCUGCUUCCAAACCGUCUCAGACUCAACCUACCGAUUUUGAAGUUCACCGCUUAAAGGGUAUCCUGGCACUGAGCGACGACGAGAAAUCAGCAAAGAUCAUCCAAGCUGUGCGCGAAAUUUUUGAGAUUAGAGACUCGGAGCAGCCACCACAAUCUGAUCCUGAGGAACCUGCUUGCUGUAAGAUUGUGCUUAUUGGACGGGGGCUGGGAACGGAUGCGAAGCCGUGGCAGGACAGUUUUGAGGCUUUCUUGGUGGGUGAUGAGUAGAUCCGACACAUGCCCCACUAGACCACUAUUUUGGUCUUUUCUGGUUGCCAUAUCCAAUACCGUAGGUAUGUACCCUAGUUAUAUGGAUCUCUGAAAUUCUACCAACUCGGGCCCUCCUUCUGUAAGCCAUUACUCCUUCAUCGUAAAU